UUUCGUGCUGAACGAAGCAGAGAAAAUCUAAUCGUAUCAAUUGUAUUACUAAAUCUGCGAAAGUAAAUCUGUUGUAAAAGUUUAAAGUUCUCAACACGCAAUUGUGGUACGAGGGUCUUUGCUACUGUUUUUGUGAUAGGUGCUGUAGAAAAAAAAUGUAAGUUCUUCAUUCGUGCUCACGGAGUUUUCGUGGCUUUUAUGUGAGAAAAAGACGAAAAUAUUUGCUUUGUUCAUCGCUAACGUUGACGGAUCCUUACGGGAUUUCAUGAAGAGGAUUUGCUGAUAAUUUUUCAAAUCAAGGAAAUAGUUUGGCUCAACUUGUGGUUGCAUCUGUUUAGUAGUGGUUAUAGUAGCAAAGAAGCAGUCAUUUUCGUUUAUGUAAACUGACUAAAUUUGCCAAUCUUCAUUACGAUGGCCACCAGUGACGAGCAAUGGUUAAAGGAAGAUGGCUAUCUAAAUGUAGACACAGAAUCUGUUCGAAUUGUCUACCAUCCGUUUUUGAACGUGAUCCUCGUGUUUACUCAGUUGGGGGAGGUCAAGGUGCUAGACGUCAAUUCUGGUGUGAUUCUCCAAAGCUAUCAAAUUUCCAGUAACCAUCCACCACGAUGUCGCUAUCUGCCGGAUCAAGAUAAGAUCUUGUUUUGGAACGAUAGUAAUAUAUCGAUGCGUGGUGAUUACAAUGGGGUACUGUUACUGGAUACUAUUCUACAGGCACCCAUUGCACAAGCCGAUGACAGCAUUCGAAUAGAAUUUCUCUUGUCGGAAGCUGUUCUGUUCCUGCAGUGCUUACAAAACUUGGAACAGCAUGGAUUAGAAAAUACUGCGGAUGUAACAAAUGAGCUUACACUAAGAAUAGGAGAAGCCCAGCAGCAUGCCAAACGUGGAAUAAAAGCCCAAAAGUGGGAAACCAUUUGCUUGGAGCUGCCACACUCUUCUCUGCGCAUGGUUGCUGGAGGAAUGGUGAUGCAGCUGAAGCGAUUGGAUCGACACAUUCCGGCACUUGCAAUCGCUUCUGCCAUCAACGAACGACUAACGGAUUUGCUGGAGGGUGCUCGUGUGACUGAGCCCACAACCCUGAAUCGUUUUCAUAUGUUUUCUGAAGCUACUCGAAGACAGACAUUCGAAGGAUGGCCUCACAUGGACUAUAAAUGGGUUUUGCCAGAUCAGAUGGCCCAGGCAGGGUUUUACCACUAUCCAGGAGAUAAUGGAAACGAUGACCGGGCAAUGUGUUUUACUUGUAACGUCUGUUUGGUUUGCUGGGAAAAAACUGAUGAGCCGUGGAGUGAGCAUGAGAGGCAUUCCCCAGAAUGUCCGUUUGUUAAAGGAGAAUUCACACAAAACGUGCCGCUGUCGGUGACUUAUGCUACUAGUCCAGCCGUUUCAACAGGUGGAUUCAGCAUUAUUUCUUCCGGCGAUCGUGGUAUCGUGUUCUGCACCGGCAACGCAUCCUGCGAUGUAACUGUGUGGAACACCGAAAGGCAGUUGACAAAAGUCCACGACUUCGAAGUUAAAUUGCAUCCGGAUAUUUUGACUACAACUUCAAUAAGCCCAACGGCAUUGAUAGAUGGAAUGGAAUUGACUGCACUUUCCACAUACUUUGUGAAACCUUUGGGUAGCAUUCCAAAGCCUAAGGUGGCCACACUUUCCUUGAAACCGAAAAUGUUAGGUACAAAGAUUAUCUGUGGCGUUCGAGUCCACUGUAUGCCGCCGGACACAGACCAACUAGAAACAAUACUUCUUCUGAUAGUGUAUAAUAUUGAAGAUCCAAUCCAGUCGUCAGAUGAACAUACGCCAUCAACCGGGGGAAAUAACAAACAAGCUAAUAAUUCCUUUCCAAAUUCACCCUCUGCCAUCCCUAUUCCACCGGCUAAGAAAUCUUCGCUCAGUACAAUCGACGAAAAAUACGAGGAUAAUUUCCUAAAGUUUCUUUCCGACAAUCCCGAUUCUCAACUUCUGGAAUCGAUAGAUAAAUUAAUCUGUAUGGAUACAUUAAAAAAGACGGAAUCGCAAUUGAGUCAACAAUUCGGUGCCAAACUAGAUGAUACGCUGAGUAAACUUAUCGAAGCGUCUUCUUCGGCGGCGCCUUCUUUGAUGGGUGGAUCUUCGGUAGAAAAGUUAGUCACACACGAAUUCGCAAUGCAGCCACCGCCACCGCCCGCAAAAUUAAUGCCAACUAAUUUAGCGGCAUGUACCGGUGGUGAUAGUGGCAGCUUAAAAGGCCCGACUAGUGCGUUAUUCACAAAUCCGAACAUUAGCAGCGGCAGCAGUGGUACAACAUCGACUACACAGCUUUUGUCGGCGAAAUCUUCAGUGACGGAUAGCAGUAAUGUUCCGUCAGUUGCGUCCACUGCUACUAGCGCUGCUUCUUCUAACUGCGAUAUUAGUUGCACUUCCUUGCAGUACAUUGAAUUACCAAACAGAGAUUCGCACCGGCACUAUUGCAUCGAGUAUGUCAUUCCGUCAAGUGAUAAUAAGCAUCUAUUGGUCGUUUUAAAGAUCAAGGAAGAAAUAAAUAUUGAGGAGUCCGUCAUAGAAACAAAUCAGGAAAAGGAAACAAUUCCAGAAGAAACAAACAAGGAACUUAUUGCUGAUGAGCCCAAAACAAUAUUAUAUUUGUACUUCUUGAAUGAAGAAGGAUUGAUUAGAUCAGAGGAACCUAUCGAAAGGAUUUUAUCCGAUGGUGAGGCACCAAUAGAAAUCAUAAUGCUUCCGAGAUGUGACAGCAGUGGACGUUGCUUUGGUGGUCCUGAAACAGAGUAUGGUAUCUUUGUAAUGACGUGUGUCGACGGAAAGUUAAGGGUUUUUUCGCUUAAAACUCUCGGUAUAAUAUCCGAAGCAAGCGUAAAAGAUGACCGCUUUGUAUCAGCGACUUAUUGCAAAAGUCUUGAACGCUUAUGUGGAUGUACAGCAAAGGGUUGCCUUCACUUCUACUCGUUUUACGAUCUGGACGCUGAUUCGAGUGACGAGCGUGAUGACGAUGUGAGUAACAUAAUGGGCAGUAAUAACAUCAAACUCGAAUGUAACGAUCAGGUCCAAUACGACCUGCAAGCGGCCGGAACUUCAGUUUCUAGUUCGGUUGUCAAUAUGUUGAAGUAUGAGGCUACACCAUCAACAUCUUCGUCGCCAGCACAGCUUUCAACGUCUGCAGCGAAUAGUGGAAAUGUCAGGAUUUCUCCGGCAGAUAAUCACCCUUCAGGAGAUGUUUUGCUGGCCUACAAAAACGAUCUUUCAAUGAACACUUUGAGAGUACUAUAUUCUCUGACAUUGUUCAACGAUAUGCUGACACCGUAUUCUGCAGAAGUACCUGGUUGCUGGAGUGAACUUGAGCAAGCUCAAAAACAACGGCGGCACCCCCAACAUUUGCGCCCCGGCGACGAUACCCAUUUGACUAAAACUUGGCGAUUACAUAAUGACGCCUUUACGUGGGAUGAUCACCUAAUAGAAUUGAAUCUUCCCAAAUGCACCUCCCUGGGUCAUAUCGAUUUUAAAUUUUCUCUUUAUCAACCAUGCACUAGUUCGCCAGCAAUUCAGGUGACCCUACUGAAGCAGAAAUCGAUCGGUUUGUGUUCGCGGCGUAAAACUCAGUCUAUUAAUCGUGUUGAUGAAUCCAUAAAUUUCAACAUAGGAUCAACUGAUGGCAAAAAUUUGAUCGAGAAUCCAGUGCUAAGUGAAGAAUAUCUGCAGGCUAGAAAUGCUGAAAUUUUAGUUGGCCCUAUAGAGCUUGCCGCUUGCAUGGAUCUUAGCGAACAGGCUGGCUCCGUUACACUAACUAGUCCAAAACUGCUGAAAUCAAAAGGGCGCAAUUAUCUGCUGCAUAUUAAAACAAUGACUGAUCUAUCCAAGGAUGGACAGGCGAAAACCAGAGUUCCAGUGCGUAAGAAGGGCAUAACCAGUAUCCUGCUAACAUCAUUCGCAAAUAUUUCGCAACAAAAUCACGUCACGGCUACGAACCACGCAACGACGGCGGCGGCGGGGAACACCGGCAAGGAUGGCAUCAGUUUCCUUUCCGACUCCGCCGGCCCUAAUAAAACACGCAAAAAUGACUUUUAUAUAGGUUGCGAUUGGCUGAACGAAAUAUCUAUCACGGUACGUUCUACCAGGCAGGUUUACAAGAUCGAAAAUGAGCGUGCUCAGCGACUGGCAAUGCUGGAUUCCAACCUGCUCUUGGAUAAUCUGCUUAAACUUCUCUACAGUAAAGAAGAAUCCUUCCAGUUGCAACAGAAUGUUGUAUUUGACAUUCUCAUAUGGGUCGUCUCCAUUCGAAUGGUUCGAUAUCGGUACCCAAAAAACCCGUUUGCCAAAAAAGUGCUACCAACGGAGAUAAAAGAUGUAGCCUCAAGCGACGUAAAUGUACAGCAAUCAGAAUGUAUUCAGAUCAUUGAACAACAUUUGGAGGACAUCAUCAGAAACUGUGUUGUGCUAGGCAAUAGAAGCAUCGCGCACAAAUGUGUGAAGCUCAUCAGUUUAGCCCUUGAUGGCGCACAGAACAUAAUCGACAAGGACGUGUGCAAUUCGUUUGAAAAGUCGCUUAAACAGGCCAUCAUAACUUGCUUGCCGGAGAUCAUCAAUUCAAACCACGCCGGCGCUCUGCGUUGGUUUACACUGCUUAUAUCGGGUGCUUCGACGUCUGAUUCGCAUGGUCCCAUUUCCGAAAAAUGCGUCUUCCUCUUGACAGAAGUGGCCAAUGAAAUGCGCAAAAGAAGCAACCCUUAUGUGGCUCUGUUGAGAACUCGGUUCGGUUUGUACGGUUCUCCAUUUGAAGCCGAGAUUUUCGAUUCUCAACCGCUGACAGCGAAAAAUAACAAUAUAACCUAUACUUGUUCAAUUACGAAGACCACCGGCACAGGAGCAAAUAAUCAGUCGAUAGACUUGCGUUCAGUUUGCAUUGCGGAUGGAUCUGAGCUAAAGUUCUUACCGUUGCAGUUGAGACGCAGAGGAAUUGGCAAUCAUUUCAAAGGUUUACUAGAAGUUGAACCUCUGCAUUAUGUAUGUAGCUCAACUUCAGACGCCACUCGCUUGGAGAAUGUAGAUGCAAGCAAUAUUCAGGCAACCAACAUCAUAGAUGAUUUUCUGAUGGAGAAUAGUAGUCAGAACAAUAUUGAAACGGUACAAAAUCAUGUCAAAAUGGAAGAUAAGGAAAAUCUGGAUGACGAUAUGAUGAACAAUGUGAAGAAUAUUCUGGUAGAUAAGAUUUUCUAUUCUGCCCUUAAAAAGCAUAAGAUGAAAGAUGAUUUUAACGAGGCAAAGAAAACGGCAGAAGAGAUCGAUUCGCAGAAUGAAAGUUUUAAUGAGAUCGAAAGUUGGGGCCCAUCAAACGAGCCGAGAAUUGUGUUCGUUGCAGAGAAUGGAAAUGAAUCGUCGAUAAUUUAUGACAAAUCACAAGCAUCCAUAGCAUUAAAUAACAAGAUACAGGAAUUUUUCGAAGAUAGCAAUACCGACGAAAGUGCUAAUGGGCUUCCAUGGCAUAAACUUUUGAGUACUCCACCGAAGCAGAUGAUUGUCGUGGAAAGAAUGCAUUCGGGAGCAAUGCGUUAUAUAACACUGGACUUUGGAUCACCGAUUAUGUUGACUGAUUUAAUCAUUCCGGCUUGUUCGGAUUUGGCUUCGUUGUUUAUCGAUAUUUGGUGCUUCGAAGAAGAAGCCGACAGCAUCCGUUUAGUCGUCUCCCAGGAUAUCGGAGCUCGUACGUUGGUGCUAAGCGAUUUACAACCGCCACCAAUAUGUCGCUACCUUAAGAUUACAAUAACUGGAAGAUAUGGAAUGUCCGCAACAAGAUGUCGAAUUCCAAUGGGAUCUUUUUACGGUCAUAUCGUGAUCCUGGAGCGGGAAGGGUACGGAGAUCCAGUAAUGAAGUAUCUUAAAAACAGAAAAAUCAACUUGCCAGCUCAGGUUAAGAUUCUUAAAGCUUUGUACGAAGACGUUCACUGUCGGUACUGUCUAUCAAGCAGUAAAUUGAUGGACAUGUUACAACCGUUGGUCAAUAGUGAGUCCUCUAAUAUUGCUCAUAUGCAGGCAUUUUUAAAUCGUAUCAAAGAGAACAACGGAGACUCUACAGGAUCGAACUCUGCUAAUUCAUCGUUUCCUGAUAACCAGAAGGUAUAUGUAAUAUAUGAAGAAUGCAUGGCUUUCCAGCAUCAAUUAAACGUAAUCAAAAGGGUGAUCGACCGCAUCAAAGGUCCCUUGCCAUUAGCCGAACAACCGAGACAACUUAAGCUUGGAUCUGACCUGUCCUCUCUGUACACCGACAAACUACGCGUUCUCAGUGAAUGUCUCAUAGAAACACUUCUACACUUGAUCACCACAUAUGGAAUUCAAAACGUAACUAACAUCUACCCAUACUUUGAUCUAGAUACAUGUAAUCUGCUUUUCGAUACGCUGGUGAUCAACGGCGAUACUCACAUUCAAUUAGCAACAUGCUCAAUGCUCGUCAGGAUGUGUUGCUUUCAAUCGUGGUGGGGCGAUUUUCUUGCGGACAAGUUCUUGAAACUGUACUCAUCACAGAACAGUCGCAUAUUUCCGCAGGAUCGCGUAUUUUUUCUGCUCACAUAUCUCGGUCGAAAGAGUAUUUCUAUGGGCAGCUGUCGAUCGAUUGUAAUCGAUGCCAUCUUGAAAAGUUUGGCAACACUGCUUGCCCCACUGUCGACAAACACUUCAAAUGGGUUGAACAUUUGGUGCAAUACUGAUCUCAACUUACUGGGGUGGAUUCUAUUGUUUUUGUCGGUGUGUCUCGACGAUGGUAUGUCUGAGAGUAAAAAGGAUCAAAGCAAUAUGCGUUGGGAUUUUAUGUCUGGCGAAACGGAUAUGGUGAAAGCCCGUCUUAGUAUGAGCAAUGGAGGGUUGAGGACGUUGACUAGAACAUUCAAAAAAAGAUUUUUGCAAAGCAAGCACUCCAGUUCUGGAAUAAGCAGUGGAAAUAGCAACACCAUGGGCGAAAAGAUGUACACAAUACAUACGGAUACAUUGCAGGGUGCCGCUAGUAAGCUUGAGAUGGCACUUAAACAACAUGAGAACCAACUGAAAAAAUUGCAGAAUAGCGUAAAACAAUCAUUUGGUGAUUAUUUCAACGAUAUCACAAAGGGUAAAUCGAUUCGCGUUUCCAGCGGUACAGAGGGAAUGCCACGAAACACCUUUUGUAAUAAUGCAUCAAAAGAAAAUAGCUCUGAUGGAAGUACCAAUGAUAACGAAACAGCGUUCGACAAAGGUUUGAAAUCAUUGAAAAUUGGCAACAUAAUUGUAGUAAUUCGCGGACUGAUAGGAUUAAUUCUGAGUAUGGAUUUUACAUGCAACAUGGAUUUGUUCUUGAUAACAUGCAAGAUUAUUGCGCGCUUGGUGCUAGCAUGUAAACCAGUAGUUCAACUCUCAAAGAUUAUUACUACCAACCAGCUACUUCAACUAGUAAGGAUUGCAGUGUGGGAAAAUCAGCAGCAGCCAUGGGCGGUUCAUGCUAUUACUUGCCUGCUUCAGGAUGUGCUCGAAGCCGAUAAGAGCUACAAGGACGAUGAAAAUGAUUCCGGAAACUCAAGUGGAGAUGAAGUAUCAGCUUCAGCAUCCGAACCCAGCUCGUCAACUCGGCCGCCGGUUUUGGAGACUGCAUUCAAACCGGUUACGCACAACAUUCAGGUCACAAAAGAUGUCAGUUAUGCGGAUGCUGUUAAAAAUCAACUACCGUCAUUAAUGGAGUGUGAUGACGCCGAUAUGGAAGACAUUCUAAUAUUAGAUGAUAUGCUGGAGCGUGAGAAGCGAGUCUUCAAAAAAGAUGGUAAUGCUAGCGUAACGACCGGCCGAAAUGGUCUUUCAUUUUUGUAUAAAACUAUCUCUUCCGCCAUGGACGCUAGGCUUGACAUAGGUUUAGACACAAAUGUGGAAAUAACUCUUCGAAGACUGGCUAUGAAGGCCACGUUUAAUCUUAUUGCUAGCUUACCUCAAGUCACCGCUGGAGAGCUGUUGAACGCAUCUAGUAAUGUUGAACUAGAGGGAUGGCCAGAUACAAUUGUAGAAGCUUGGUCCGGUGUUGAAUAUCAGCAAGGGAUAGAGACAAACGCAAUGUUGACGGAAGUGUUCGAUAAUAUUUUGUGCGAUUUGCACCUGGUAGAUUCGUGGUUAAACUUGGAGAAAAUUUUACAGCUUUGGUUAACUCUCAAUGGCGAAACAUUGGAACAGGUUCCUGGUAGCAAUGCACCCGGACUUAAUGCGUAUUCCUUUCCGAAAAUUCCUUUCGGGGAUCGUGCCAUUCACGGUCUAUUGAACGCUUUGGCUACGCAUCCGAACAUCAAGUUGCGAGCUUGGUGUCUGGGUUUCCAGUGCUUGAUUUUGGCUUGCAAACCGCACUUUGAAGCCGAUUAUAUGGAUGCGAAUUGCACUAGUAGCGAUAAUCAUUUUCGCAGAAUGGGCAAUCUUAUUGUGAGCGAUGAUAACUUUGAAAAAAUGUUAUUACGUUUCUUCUCUGGUGUCGAUCAGUCACUUUCAACAUUGGAUAGCAACCGAUAUGCCGGCCCGACAGUAUGUAAACUUGUUCUCGAGUUGUUUAUAUGGUUAGAGCUUAAAUGCAACGUAAAAGACAAAUUGAAAGAGAUAUUGCUAAAAGUGAUCCUGCAUUUGGUGCAGUUUGGCGGUGCCAUUUCCAAUCAGCAAGGACCAAUCGACGCGCAAAGUCAAUUAAUCAAAGAACUGCUAUCGUUCUCAUACGACAAGAGCGACCUUGGGGUUGCCAUGAGCAUUAUCGAAUGUGUUUCUCAUCUCGUUUACAACAAUAUUGUUAAUGUGGAGAAACUGUAUUGCUACCGGGCUACAGAAACGAGCAGCUCGAAUAAUAUGUUUGGUACCCGCUUUGGCAGUCUCUUCGCAACAGUUCUUGGAUCAGAAAAUGCACGUCAAUGCAAGACAGUUACUGACAAUACUCUGCUCAUCGAUCUGCUUAAGCUUGCAUCAAUACUUGUGAACACCAAAAAUCCUCGCACUGGCGAAGACAAUGCUACAUCACACGAAAAUGCGUCAUUCAAUGAAUUGAACACAUCCAACGAAAGCCAGACGGAUGAAAUCAAAGCCGAGCAGCAACAUAUCGAACAAAGACCGAAGACUCCUUGCUUUGCCGAUACAGUUCUUCAACAUACACCUACGAUGACACGAUUGUUGAGCUCCCUGUCACAUUGUUCCAACUCAUCAUUUGCUAUGCUUGUGGCUUCUUCCAUGUAUUCCUCUACAAUGAAUGAAUCGAAAAACAAUACUCUCAGUGAGCCACAAACCGUGGCUGACGCCGUUUUUCAACUGCUCCUUUACCUCAGCCGUACUGCAACUCAGAACAUUUUAGUGGUAAAACCAUUAUUCGACUACAUAAAUAAUGCUGCUAACAUGCGCCAUGCGAUGCCAAAGCUCCAUUUGUCGGAGCCAUUCUUAUGGUUCAUUCUAAAAGUAUUGGAAACAUCCUCGUCUGUAGCAAUGUUCACAGAAAUGGGUGGCAUAAGAGUGCUUUGUGAAAAUUUGGUUAGAAGUAAUCGAGCACUGAUCAACACACAGCCUAGUCUGGUGUCGAUGAUCAUGCAACGGCUCUCAAAAUCUUCUAAUCUACAAACCUCACAUUCAAGCUCUUCUAAGAAAAAUUCAAUUUCUACUCCACGCAACGAAGAUGGUCUGAUAAAUUUUGCCCCGUAUUGCACAAUAUCUUCCGAAAACCAAACCGCGCAACCCGCAGACGUUCUGAUUCAGGCUCCGAUUGCAUCACAUAGACGAGCUCGCAAUCCAGCCUGGAGCUAUUUGUUUUAUCCCAACGAGUCUCACGUUGACCUUACCAUCACGCUUCCAACGGCAGUGUUAUUAAAAGAAGUUCAACUUCAACCACAUGUUUCGACGCUUGGCUCGUGCCCUUCGGCUGUGGCAAUAGAAAUCACUCGCGACAGUAACCUUGGUCCUAUACCGAUUACCCAACCAAUCUCAACGGUUGGUAUGACAUGUAUUCGCCUGAAAUUUGCUCAACCAGAAAUCGCCACCAGCGUAAUAAUCCGUCUAUAUAGACCACGGGAUGCCACAAAUAUCGGACUGACGCAAAUUUCCGUGCUCGGAACGACUACGUUCAGCGACGUCAAUUACGGAACCUAUAGUGGAACUAAUUGGAGCAAUGGAAAUUUGGCAGCUGGAGGAAUAUCAAAACCUACAGGCGAUGCGCUCAACGAGUACAACAACGAUGACGAUAAGGUGGCGAAAACAAGCUUGGGGUGGCUUAGAAUCCUCGCUCAGUGCUUCAGUGUAGUGAUUUAUGCUUCCGAUCAACUUCUUUCCAACCGAGUUAUCAUUGCAGCAACUGAAGUUCCCGGGUUUCUUGAAGCCUGCUGUUCGUUAUUAAACAUUGCCCCGAGUAGCCCGAAUUUUGCUCUUCAAAAUUUGGAAACGGUACUUCUAAAGUUGGGAUUACAUAGUCGAGAAUUUGGACUGAAGCUUAUCAAUAUCCUGCUUAAAGAGAGCAUUCCUCAAACGUUCCAGUUAUGUAAUGAUUCUAUAUCGGAUCUUUUAUAUCAUUUGUGUACAACCCAAAAUGAUUUCACGCGAGAUCGACUGGAAGCAGUUUUGACAUGGAUUCAGCGACUGUUUGAACGUUAUCAUCAAAAUCACGCCAACAAAUUUGUUCUGCAUGUCACCAAUCCAUACAGUGGAUUCAUCAAAUGUCUUGCGUCUAUUCUGUGGCAAGUGUACGCUACCGAUCUAAUCCCCGAUCUGCCCAAUAUGAUUACUAAAGAGCUAUUUGAGACUCUUUACGACUGGAAUCAAGAGCUCGAGCACGAUGAACCCCUGAAAAAAGCAAUUGAUGCAGUGUUAUGUUCUAUUUGCUGCAUUCGACCGGAAUUCUUCACCAUGCUGUUGAAGCGAAUGGGCGUUCUGGUGCCAAAUUUAUCGACUGAUUUGACUGCUUCAAUUUCCGAUGACCGCAAAGAUGGUGAGUGCAUCACGGAUGAUAUCAAACAAGAGGAAUCGGAUGCUGCCGAGUGGUAUAGCCAUUUAGUGAUAGAGGAUAUAUCUCGGCUCAAAUUGUCCAAGUCGCAAUUAUCUACUAUUUCAAUGGCUUGUCAAUCACCACUAGCUGUACAGCAACUGAUUGACUCGGGGCUACCGAAUUUGCUUACUUCCGUUAUAUUGGAGUUUUGCCAUAGUGCACUAAACUGUACUAGUCAAACCCCUAGAAGUAAAUUCGUUUCGGGCAACAUGGAACGAGAUAAUCGUGAGAGGAUUGAGGAAAACGAGGAAUUAAUAACUGGAGCGGCCGGAUGUGUAGAAACGGAUGAGUCUAGCUCGUGUAUGACAGAUGCAGAUAAAGAACAUCAUAAAUAUUCUGGUCAUAAUUCGAGAGCACUGUUUUGUCCUAUGAUAAGCAUUAAGAAAGUAACUGAAAUUUUGGAAUUUUUUACGGAAAUAUGUACCGAGGGACACAUGCGGGACUGGCUAGGAGGUUUUGAAGGCUCAAUUUUCUGGGAGCCAAUUCUUUUGUUGCUGUGCAACAACAAGCUAUCUAAUAACGCACUGGAAGUAACACCCCAAGCUUGCCUCGAUCUAGAAGAAUGCCUUAUUAAGUUCCUUUCAAAUGUCACUGCUUGCCAUCCAAAGAACCAAGAAGUGCUAACAGUUAACCUUAUUUCCGUAAUUCGAAAGUCUGACUCAAAUGUAAGCAGUGGAGCAUCCUCCACAGCUGAUACCAAUACUGCUAACGUAGCUGGUAUAAACAACCGGAUUAACAAUGGCUCCAAGUCCUGCAUUUCGGGAUUCACUCGCAGGUUGGUACUGCAGAUAUUGCUGGAAAGUGAAAAAAUAAUGAUCGCAGUUCGAAGUGAUUUACCGCUACAAAUUAAAGAACAAAAUCUGUACAACGUGAGUUACCAUCCUUCAAAACGGUCAAACGCCCAUUUCUUGUGUUUCUACUUGAGUGCAAACUCAAAAUGUCAGGAAAUUCUGGAUCAUUGUGCAACAGUGUACAAUCAAAUCAUCCCAAAUUUACCGACGGAUAAUCGGGCGAGUGAAGUGCUAGCAGGGUCUUCGAGCGCAGCUCAUAUCCCUGGUGGCAACGAUAACCGAAAGGAGCUGUGGGAGAUGGGCCUGGGGAUGGAGUUUUUGAGUGUUGCAGCCGGCGUCACCGCUAAAGACAAGCGCCUAAAGGAAGCUAAAAAUCAGGCAACUACAAUGAAACAAAAAGACAUCAUGUCGAUGUUCAAAUUGAAAAUUGACGAUCCGAAAAUUAGCACUCCUGAUGGUAUAAUGUUAACGCAUUCAGCGGUGCCUCAUGGUUUGAUAACUAGUGAUGCAACAAUUUCGCAAAUUCUGGCAAUGUUAAAGUCUGUUGGGGUAUCCUUAUCGACGCCAUGCAUUAAUUUGAAUUUAGUCGAGUCCAAAAAUAAGACAGACAUUGAUCUUACCUGCGAGAGUAGCAGUUCAGCUCACGCAACUCCAACACUGAAAGCAGCAGAUUUUAUUCCCCUUGCUUCACCCCUGCAAAUUUUUUCCAGUCGUGGAGGAUUAUCACUUCUUGCCCACUAUUUACCAACAGUCUAUCCAGAAACGCCAAAAGCGCAACACCAAUUUAAUGAGAAAGACAAAAGCCCGCCUGGUAAUGAGUGGGUAAAAGUGGAACAGAACGAGGAAAUCUACGAGGACUUGGACGACAUUUUAACGGAAACCUCCCCAAAAACGCAAACAAUUUCUGCAGUUCCGCAACAUUCGUUGGCGGCAUUUGCACUGUUUCUAAAACUGCCAGCGUACUCAGAAGUACUACUCCGUGAUAAGCUUCGUGCGCAGUGUUUGUUACGCUUAAUCCUCGGUGUCACCGGAGAUGGCGAAGGAAACGAGAUUUAUAGUUUAGCUCUUUCGUCGUCAUUACCAACUCUUCCGUUUGAAGUGUUUCGUCAGUUACUGGACAGCUCUCCUUUGACUACAGAUGAUGGAGUAUUGCUCAGGAGAAUGGUCAUUGAAGUUGGCGCUGUUCAUCUUGUGCUAAACUGUUUGAGCAUCUUUACUCAUCACAACAGUAGAAGCUCUGGCAGUAAUUCAAGCUCGUCCGAAAAUAUUCAAGCAACUGCCAGCAAUAAAUCAGCAACAACUGCCACUAGCGGGAAUAAUGUCGAUGAUUCGAUUAAUUCAGACGACAAAAGUCACAUGUACUGGGCUAAAGGAACCGGGUUCGGAACAGGAUCAACACAACAGUCGUGGAAUGUGGAGCAGGCUCUUCUUCGCCAAAAAAGCGAGGAAGAACAUGUUACUGUUUUGUUGCAGGUUUUAUCGAGUUAUAUUAACCCAGGAGACAAAGUACCGAGCAAUCUAGAAAACGAGGAACUAAGCUAUCGUGAAUGUAGUGAGACACUUCCGGAGUUGCCUCCCAUCUUUCUGGAUUUGUUACAGCAGUCUUGUUUGAUUCCUGCUCUAAGUUCAUAUCUGAGAAACGAUUCAGUCUUGGACAUUACGCGGCACAUUCCGUUGUAUCGAGCGAUUCUGCAGCUUUUACGAGCUAUUUCGCUCUCCAACCAGCUGGUAUCAUUAUUGGUAAACAAAAAUAAUGAAGGCAGGAUCUCAAUUGCGUCACUGCUGUCGAACAUGAAAGCUUGUGUGGAUACCUAUGCCAGUCGAUUGAAAGUGAAUAAAAAGUCCAACUUAAAAGGCCAAACGCAAAAGAUCACUGUUAGCUUAGACGAUGGAGACGACGAAGGACUGGCGCUUUUAAUACCGGACAUUCAAGAAACGUCAAUAUUGGUGCAAAGCGCCACUAAUUUAGAGAACAUCAUAGCGGAAGAGGAAAAGAAAGAACAUGUUCAACGACCGAUGGCGAAAUCCGUCGAGGAUAAAUAUUUAGAGAUAAUGAAAGUGCUUCAAUUUGAUACGUACGAAAUGAUAGCGGAAACCGACAAUGGCUACCGUUUCACUAUUUCGCAUCAUUUCGAAACCAACGUACGUAUGGCAGGCGAUAGAGGUCAUCCCGGACGGGUGAAACGACUGGCACAAGAAACAGUUACACUUUCUACAAGUCUACCGCUAUCUUACAGCAGUUCUGUUUUCGUUCGAUGUGAUACCGAUCGGUUGGAUAUAAUGAAAGUAUUGAUCACCGGUCCAUCUGAUACGCCCUACGCGAAUGGUUGUUUUGAGUUUGACGUCUACUUUCCACCCGAUUAUCCAAACUCACCCAUGAUGAUCAAUUUGGAAACAACUGGUCGAAACACGGUACGGUUUAAUCCUAACCUGUACAAUGACGGCAAAGUGUGUUUAUCUGUUUUGAAUACCUGGCAUGGUCGGCCCGAAGAAAAAUGGAAUGCACAUACGUCGAGCUUUCUCCAGGUACUUGUAUCAAUUCAAAGUCUUAUACUGGUUCCGGAGCCGUAUUUCAACGAACCUGGUUUCGAGCGGAGUCGGGGCUCGCCGAGCGGAACGCACAGCUCACGGGAAUACAAUAGCAACAUCUAUCAGGCUUGCGUGCGAUACGCUAUGCUCGAGCAGCUUAAAAACCCGUGCCCUUGUUUCAAAGAUGUUAUUCAUGCACAUUUCUGGCUGAAGCGAAAUGAAAUAUGUGCGCAAAUUGAAGACUGGAUCGCAGAGCUUAGUAAACCACCACAGUAUGAACGAGCCGGACGGACGAUUUCUUUCAACGCAAUGGUUUUGCGAAGGCAAUAUCGGCAAUUGCGAGAAGAACUGGCAAAACUUGUACCUCCAGAUGGAUUGGAAGAAAUUGACUAUCCGUUCAAUGCUGGUAUUACACCAACAACGCCAUCAAAUUUUCCAGUGGGUAUUAGCAGUAAUGCAAGUGAUUCACCACCGGAAAAACUUAUGUCUGAAGAGAAGACAAAUACAGGGAUGGGCCCAGAAGUCAAUGAAGAAGCAAUCGAGAUUGACGUACAGUAUGAGGCAGAUGAAAUCAUUGUUAAAGCGGAUACGGAGGAAUAUGAAGAACAAGAAGCUGGCAGCAGUGGUAACGAUAAAGGGACCAGUAUCCCGGAUGAAGCCCAGGAUGAAAACCCAGAUUUAACACCAGAGGAGAUAGUCCUGUCAAUGGUGUGGUAAGUUUCAGAACUUUGUGUUCAUAUGGUGCAUGUCGUUGUGAUCACCACAAUACGUUUACUUGUAUAGAGACGUGGUUAUCCAUGGGUAGUUUCUUCGCGCUAUACCAGAAGAUAUUAUACUAAUGCACAUCCCAUGUGCGUUUUGUACGUCUAUGGUGACAAGUCUAAACUAUAUUUUCGGUACUUUUCAGAUUCUAGUUAAAUAGGUUGCUCAACGUCUGAAGAGAAAUACAGUUAGCAUGAGAGAAAUCGAGACAUGCCAAAUUUGGUUGACUGGCUAAGCCUGAGUAAGAAAAAUCCAAGUUUAAUGUCAUAGUACGAAAACUAUCAGCAAAAUAUGUAGAAGAGGACUUUCGCUUACUGAAACAAGAGCACUAAGCUUGAUUAUCGAAGGUGAUAUCAAAUGAAUUGAUGAUGUGAAUGCUUAACGUUAAUAUAAAACAAAAAUAAAUACUUAGCCAUACUAAUAAAGCAACAAAAAACGGAUUAUUCCAGUUUUGUUCAAAUAUUGAUUUUAGGGAAAUGUUUAUUUAUUUAUUAAACCCUAUAAAUUACAUCUCGUGUCAGAAAAUAGGCGCCGUCAUUCUCUGUGUACUGGAUUCAUAGGGGUUUUAGUUUUAUCUAUAUGUUGCUCAUUUCCGAGUUCUUUUUAAAAAAAUCCCUUAUUCGUUAAAAAAUCAAACAAUUUUCAACAAACGGAUACGCUUUUGAAUUGUUUUAGUUUAUAAUGUUGCAUCUUAAUCUUAAUGUGACAAUUUCCAAAACACCCCCAGUGGAAUGAAAGGAAGGGACUAUAACAAUAUAAUAGGACUGCGAUUCAAUUGUUCAAAGCAACAAGAAUACUUUAGCUGUAAAAAUCCAAAAAAAUACAACUGAAGCCGAAAUUAUACAAAAGCCUAUACUAUAGGGAUAUUAUUGUAUUGUACUAGUAAUACCGGAUA